UCCACAUGUUCCCAGGUCCUCGUCGCAUUCCAAACAAUAACGCGGGCGUCGGGACAUCCUGUCCACAAUUGUGUCAAUAAAUAGAAUAAUUGUUGGUAUAUUCAAUAUUCCAAAUUGACUUUUGUAGUGAUCAGAAUGCCGAACACUCUCCUCGACGUUGAUGAGUCACUUAUGAAAAACAACCUCCUGCUUCCUGAAUACAAGGAAGAGGGUGAGGAGUUUGAUCGCCUUCUCAAGACCCUAGAGACUCCCCAGACACCCUCGGUAGUAGUCAGGCCUCACCCUGGCAUAUGCAUCAAGACUAAAACGGACACUGGAGAUAAAAUAUUUGUCAACGUCUGUCACACUAAGGAAAUUCCACCUCCUGAGGACAUUUCAGAUGACAAACUCGAUAAGCUCCUGGAGGAGGACACCCCCUCGUGGUGCAUCCCAAUGAGCAUUGGGCAUGAACAUAUGGAGUCUGACAAAAGUGGCUCCUCGUGUCCGACGUACGAUGUCGCCAUAAACACCAAAUUUUUCGACACAUGCCAAGAGAAAAAGCACUUCUUUGCCUUCGCAAUUCUGACAAUUCUCUCAGCGAUCGGUGAAAAAUAUGACAAAGUCGUCGAUUCUGAGAAUUACGUAGUUCUUAAGAAUCGAAAAGUUGUGGGGAAGCUACACGACCACAGGGUGGCGAAACGUCAGCCGAAGUACUCAUCGCAAACCUCUGCAUCGAGCCCCUUAAUCCAAGAAAUCCCCGAGGAGAAAACUUCCAAAUCCAAGGAUGAAAAAUCGGGGGCUGUGAGGGUUGAUGUUGUUAAUAGUUCGCAGUACGUAAUUUUCAAAAAGCCGAGGGAGGGGAAAACGGAAAAAUUAAUCGGAUAUUUCAAGCUCCCCCCUCAGUGUUUCAAAGAUGAAAUUCGAGCAGACAUUGGUGAAGAUAGGAUUGUAAUCGAAGUAAGCUGUCAUAAUUACCUCGUCGAUAUUUUCGUUCCGUUCUCAAUCGACCAGAGUUCCGUCACGGCUUCUCUGAAUGCAGAUCUCAAUAUACUGCAAUUGGAUAUGCCAGUGACAUCGACAUGAGCAUGACAUUGAGGUAAUUCCUAACAAUUAAAACUAAUUAAUUACUAGUGAGGUUAUGCGUACUCUAAUGACUAAUUAUUGAAUGCCCUAGGCUUGAGUGGAGCG